CAGCAUCUUCAUCUUCUUUAAAUCUCACUCUUCCAUCCCAUUCUGCCUCAUACACACACAUAAACUCUCUCUCCUCUUCGUUAUCUUCACCUUCCUGGGAAUUAACUCAUAGUAUAUAUGGAUUCAAAGAAGUCUAACAAGAUCUCUGACAUUGUUAGGCUUCAACAGAUCCUCAAGAAGUGGAAGAAGGCAGCAACGAGUGCACCCAAGGGUAGCACCAGCAAUUCCAACGCUAGCACUGGCAGCAAGAGCAUCAAGUUUAUCAAGAGAACGCUCUCUUUCACCGAUGUUUCUGCAGCAGCAUCCGGUGAUAAUGUUGUCCCCAAAGGGUUCGUUGCAGUUUGCGUUGGGAAAGAGUUGAAGAGAUAUGUCAUUCCGACAGAGCACUUGGGCCACCAGGCUUUUGGGGUACUGCUGAGAGAGGCAGAAGAGGAGUUUGGUUUUCAACAAGAGGGAGUGUUAAAGAUCCCGUGCGAUGUUCCUGUGUUUGAGAAGAUCCUAAAACUGGUGGAAGAAAACAGAGAUGUCUUGUCUUUGCAUGAAUUAGGUUUUAAUGCAGACAGAGAUAUGAUUGGUUGCUGGUCACCUUCUUCACACCACCCUCAAAUGUGUAGAUGAGUUUUACUUACUUUCCUUUUCUUUCUUUUUAUCAUUUUUGCGCUCCAUGUCCAUUGGAUAUAAUUGGUGUUUUUGAUGCUGUAACUGGUUUGAGAAGGGUAUUAAACUUAAGAGAAGGAGGGAGUAAGAUUAUAUAUAAGCAAAUAAGAAUAGUUAAUGUUAACUUUUAUUGAA